AUGGCUACCACUAUUGACGAGCUUGCAUACGUUGAAGCAUCCAAGGAGAAGGCCAGCUUGGCCUUUGAAAAUGACAAGCAGAUGGCCCGAUUUGAGCUUGGUGUAUCCAUGCUGAUCCACAAGUGGGAAGCGCUGGAUUUGGCUGUUCAAAAUGGCUGGGGAGGGCCUGAGUCCGCCGAAAAGAGGGAUUGGAUUACGGCAAUCGUCAUUGACUUGUUCAAGACAGGACGAGUGGUAGAGGUGGCAUUAAUUGAAGAGACCAUGCUUUAUGCUAUGAUGGAUGAAUUUGAGACCAAUGUAGAUGAUGACUCCGCACUGCCGAUUGCGGCACAGAUACUGGAGAUGUACAAAGAAUGCGCCGAGGAGAACUAUUCCACAGUUGAGAAUUUAUACCAGGCCUGGACCGAAAAGCAGAAGUCGAAAGAAGCUAAGCGUGAAAUUCAAAUCGGUGAUGAUCCUUGGAACCCCGACGUUUCAGGCAGCGAAGGUGAGGAAGAGGACGAAGAGGAUCUCGCCGACUCUCCCCCACCUCUGGUUCACGAUGCCGAUCACGAUGUAGAUAUGGACGCACAAAAAAAUGAGCCUGUUGUGGAUGAAGAUGGUUUCGAGUUGGUUCAGAAGAAGGGUAGGAAGCCUAAAAAUUAA